AUGAUUCGCAUCGUUGACCCUGAUACAGGUGAGCUUAAAUAUCGGUUAGAGAAAUGGCAAGGCCUCUUUGUCGAUUCCAAUGAUUCCGAUCAGUUUCGCAUUCCUUGCGAGAUUUGGAGUAAUGGGAAUAUAUGCCUUUCUGAUGUCUCGUGGUCUACGUGUGCUUACACGGCGCGAUACGUGACCAAAAAAGUCUCUGCCGAUUAUGAUGGCAAGGAUUUCAAUCCGAAUAAGCUCGGUAUCCAACCUGAAUUUGCUUUAAUGAGUCGUCGUCCAGGCAUUGCCGGUUUUUAUCAUCUUGAGCAUCCUGAUUACUAUAGAUCUAUGUCUGUCUUUGUCGACAAUGGAAAGGAUGUGCCUGGUUCCGAUGGAAUUAAACGCGUUAGGAUCCCUCAUUACGUUUUUGACCAUUUAUCUGAUUCUGAUCCGGCUCUUUUCCAACGAUUGAAGGAAGAACGCCGAAAGUUUGGAUCUGAUAAGGAUCUUCUUGAGCUUUCUGACACUGACCUUGACCUUAUAUGGUAUAAUAACCUUAAGCAGCUGCGUGCUCCGGUCAAACAGCAUAAGGAUAAGAAGGUUUUCACCCGAACCGCUUCCAGUGUGAAGUCUGUCAACCUUGGUACUACCGCUUAUAGAGGAGGCUCUGCCGUUUCCGACCCGGCUUUUUUUGUCUCUAAUCCCGGUGACCGUUUUGCCCCUGUCUAUUCUUCUGCCGUUCGCGCUGAUGGUACUAUCAGCGUUGUGCAGUCUGAUUCUAUAGAUCUUCAGGCUAAGUAUAACUCCCUGAGGUCUACCACUGAUAUGAGUUACAUUCUUGCACGUCUUAAGCUCGGCGAUCAGUCCGUUCUAAACGUUAAGCACGGUACUUUCGGUGAUUUUUCUGCUAUGCCUACGAAUAUGGCUGAAUAUCUUCAGUUGGCUAUCGAUGGUGAGAUGGUCUUUAACCGUUUGCCUAAGGACACACGCGCUAAGUUUGAUUUUGACUUGAAUAAAUGGCUUUCUUCUAUCGGAACUGAUUCUUGGAUUGAAUCCAUGUCCGCUUUCCUUCCCGGCCUUGAAAAGUCCUUUGGCGGUUAUCUCGUUGAAAGUGAAGAAGCCGCCAACGCUCGUGAUCCUGUCCUCGGUACUCAAUCCGGUAUUUUUGGCUCGGAUCCUGAUUAUCUCCUGUACGGUGAGCAUACUCCUGCGCCUCCUCUGACUCCUCCUCCCACUCCCGGAGGAGGAGGCGGUUACUCUCCUCCGGCUCGGCCUUCGUCUCCAAAGUUCACUUAUCUUAACGCAGAUCUCGCCAAGGCUUAUAAGAUGAAUAAGAACGUUGCAUAUCAGGAAGCUCUCGCAAACACAGCCCAUCAACGUGAGAUGGCAGAUCUUAAAGCUGCCGGUUUGAACCCUGUCCUUACCGCUUCCGGUGGAGCUGGUGCAUCUGCUAAUGUAACUCCUGUCGAAUCUUCUCAGACUUCCGGAUCUUCCGGCGGUCGAGGAUCUCGUAAGGAAGCUAACUCCGGCGCCGGUCUGAUCUCUGCUAUCAUGAGUAUCGGCACUGGUCUUGCCGUCGGUAUCGGUACUGGUAAUCCUCUUGCUGGUAUCUCCGCAGGAGGUGAUCUUAUCCCCUGCUACCAUCCGCAUAAGAUGAUUCGCAUCGUUGACCCUGAUACAGGUGAGCUUAAAUAUCGGUUAGAGAAAUGGCAAGGCCUCUUUGUCGAUUCCAAUGAUUCCGAUCAGUUUCGCAUUCCUUGCGAGAUUUGGAGUAAUGGGAAUAUAUGCCUUUCUGAUGUCUCGUGGUCUACGUGUGCUUACACGGCGCGAUACGUGACCAAAAAAGUCUCUGCCGAUUAUGAUGGCAAGGAUUUCAAUCCGAAUAAGCUCGGUAUCCAACCUGAAUUUGCUUUAAUGAGUCGUCGUCCAGGCAUUGCCGGUUUUUAUCAUCUUGAGCAUCCUGAUUACUAUAGAUCUAUGUCUGUCUUUGUCGACAAUGGAAAGGAUGUGCCUGGUUCCGAUGGAAUUAAACGCGUUAGGAUCCCUCAUUACGUUUUUGACCAUUUAUCUGAUUCUGAUCCGGCUCUUUUCCAACGAUUGAAGGAAGAACGCCGAAAGUUUGGAUCUGAUAAGGAUCUUCUUGAGCUUUCUGACACUGACCUUGACCUUAUAUGGUAUAAUAACCUUAAGCAGCUGCGUGCUCCGGUCAAACAGCAUAAGGAUAAGAAGGUUUUCACCCGAACCGCUUCCAGUGUGAAGUCUGUCAACCUUGGUACUACCGCUUAUAGAGGAGGCUCUGCCGUUUCCGACCCGGCUUUUUUUGUCUCUAAUCCCGGUGACCGUUUUGCCCCUGUCUAUUCUUCUGCCGUUCGCGCUGAUGGUACUAUCAGCGUUGUGCAGUCUGAUUCUAUAGAUCUUCAGGCUAAGUAUAACUCCCUGAGGUCUACCACUGAUAUGAGUUACAUUCUUGCACGUCUUAAGCUCGGCGAUCAGUCCGUUCUAAACGUUAAGCACGGUACUUUCGGUGAUUUUUCUGCUAUGCCUACGAAUAUGGCUGAAUAUCUUCAGUUGGCUAUCGAUGGUGAGAUGGUCUUUAACCGUUUGCCUAAGGACACACGCGCUAAGUUUGAUUUUGACUUUAAUAAAUGGCUUUCUUCUAUCGGAACUGAUUCUUGGAUUGAAUCCAUGUCCGCUUUCCUUCCCGGCCUUGAAAAGUCCUUUGGCGGUUAUCUCGUUGAAAGUGAAGAAGCCGCCAACGCUCGUGAUCCUGUCCUCGGUACUCAAUCCGGUAUUUUUGGCUCGGAUCCUGAUUAUCUCCUGUACGGUGAGCAUACUCCUGCGCCUCCUCUGACUCCUCCUCCCACUCCCGGAGGAGGAGGCGGUUACUCUCCUCCGGCUCGGCCUUCGUCUCCAAAGUUCACUUAUCUUAACGCAGAUCUCGCCAAGGCUUAUAAGAUGAAUAAGAACGUUGCAUAUCAGGAAGCUCUCGCAAACACAGCCCAUCAACGUGAGAUGGCAGAUCUUAAAGCUGCCGGUUUGAACCCUGUCCUUACCGCUUCCGGUGGAGCUGGUGCAUCUGCUAAUGUAACUCCUGUCGAAUCUUCUCAGACUUCCGGAUCUUCCGGCGGUCGAGGAUCUCGUAAGGAAGCUAACUCCGGCGCCGGUCUGAUCUCUGCUAUCAUGAGUAUCGGCACUGGUCUUGCCGUCGGUAUCGGUACUGGUAAUCCUCUUGCUGGUAUCUCCGCAGGAGGUGAUCUUAUCCCCUGCUACCAUCCGCAUAAGAUGAUUCGCAUCGUUGACCCUGAUACAGGUGAGCUUAAAUAUCGGUUAGAGAAAUGGCAAGGCCUCUUUGUCGAUUCCAAUGAUUCCGAUCAGUUUCGCAUUCCUUGCGAGAUUUGGAGUAAUGGGAAUAUAUGCCUUUCUGAUGUCUCGUGGUCUACGUGUGCUUACACGGCGCGAUACGUGACCAAAAAAGUCUCUGCCGAUUAUGAUGGCAAGGAUUUCAAUCCGAAUAAGCUCGGUAUCCAACCUGAAUUUGCUUUAAUGAGUCGUCGUCCAGGCAUUGCCGGUUUUUAUCAUCUUGAGCAUCCUGAUUACUAUAGAUCUAUGUCUGUCUUUGUCGACAAUGGAAAGGAUGUGCCUGGUUCCGAUGGAAUUAAACGCGUUAGGAUCCCUCAUUACGUUUUUGACCAUUUAUCUGAUUCUGAUCCGGCUCUUUUCCAACGAUUGAAGGAAGAACGCCGAAAGUUUGGAUCUGAUAAGGAUCUUCUUGAGCUUUCUGACACUGACCUUGACCUUAUAUGGUAUAAUAACCUUAAGCAGCUGCGUGCUCCGGUCAAACAGCAUAAGGAUAAGAAGGUUUUCACCCGAACCGCUUCCAGUGUGAAGUCUGUCAACCUUGGUACUACCGCUUAUAGAGGAGGCUCUGCCGUUUCCGACCCGGCUUUUUUUGUCUCUAAUCCCGGUGACCGUUUUGCCCCUGUCUAUUCUUCUGCCGUUCGCGCUGAUGGUACUAUCAGCGUUGUGCAGUCUGAUUCUAUAGAUCUUCAGGCUAAGUAUAACUCCCUGAGGUCUACCACUGAUAUGAGUUACAUUCUUGCACGUCUUAAGCUCGGCGAUCAGUCCGUUCUAAACGUUAAGCACGGUACUUUCGGUGAUUUUUCUGCUAUGCCUACGAAUAUGGCUGAAUAUCUUCAGUUGGCUAUCGAUGGUGAGAUGGUCUUUAACCGUUUGCCUAAGGACACACGCGCUAAGUUUGAUUUUGACUUGAAUAAAUGGCUUUCUUCUAUCGGAACUGAUUCUUGGAUUGAAUCCAUGUCCGCUUUCCUUCCCGGCCUUGAAAAGUCCUUUGGCGGUUAUCUCGUUGAAAGUGAAGAAGCCGCCAACGCUCGUGAUCCUGUCCUCGGUACUCAAUCCGGUAUUUUUGGCUCGGAUCCUGAUUAUCUCCUGUACGGUGAGCAUACUCCUGCGCCUCCUCUGACUCCUCCUCCCACUCCCGGAGGAGGAGGCGGUUACUCUCCUCCGGCUCGGCCUUCGUCUCCAAAGUUCACUUAUCUUAACGCAGAUCUCGCCAAGGCUUAUAAGAUGAAUAAGAACGUUGCAUAUCAGGAAGCUCUCGCAAACACAGCCCAUCAACGUGAGAUGGCAGAUCUUAAAGCUGCCGGUUUGAACCCUGUCCUUACCGCUUCCGGUGGAGCUGGUGCAUCUGCUAAUGUAACUCCUGUCGAAUCUUCUCAGACUUCCGGAUCUUCCGGCGGUCGAGGAUCUCGUAAGGAAGCUAACUCCGGCGCCGGUCUGAUCUCUGCUAUCAUGAGUAUCGGCACUGGUCUUGCCGUCGGUAUCGGUACUGGUAAUCCUCUUGCUGGUAUCUCCGCAGGAGGUGAUCUUAUCCCCUGCUACCAUCCGCAUAAGAUGAUUCGCAUCGUUGACCCUGAUACAGGUGAGCUUAAAUAUCGGUUAGAGAAAUGGCAAGGCCUCUUUGUCGAUUCCAAUGAUUCCGAUCAGUUUCGCAUUCCUUGCGAGAUUUGGAGUAAUGGGAAUAUAUGCCUUUCUGAUGUCUCGUGGUCUACGUGUGCUUACACGGCGCGAUACGUGACCAAAAAAGUCUCUGCCGAUUAUGAUGGCAAGGAUUUCAAUCCGAAUAAGCUCGGUAUCCAACCUGAAUUUGCUUUAAUGAGUCGUCGUCCAGGCAUUGCCGGUUUUUAUCAUCUUGAGCAUCCUGAUUACUAUAGAUCUAUGUCUGUCUUUGUCGACAAUGGAAAGGAUGUGCCUGGUUCCGAUGGAAUUAAACGCGUUAGGAUCCCUCAUUACGUUUUUGACCAUUUAUCUGAUUCUGAUCCGGCUCUUUUCCAACGAUUGAAGGAAGAACGCCGAAAGUUUGGAUCUGAUAAGGAUCUUCUUGAGCUUUCUGACACUGACCUUGACCUUAUAUGGUAUAAUAACCUUAAGCAGCUGCGUGCUCCGGUCAAACAGCAUAAGGAUAAGAAGGUUUUCACCCGAACCGCUUCCAGUGUGAAGUCUGUCAACCUUGGUACUACCGCUUAUAGAGGA